ACCACAGUUUUAAAUAUUUUUGCCUAAGCACAUUCAUAUGACAGAAUUACAGAGAACAAUCAUAAAUGAAUAAAGAAAAUAUAAAUGCCUCCAAGCCUCAGAAAAGCUGAGCUUGCAAAGAAAGAUAAAGAAAGUAGAGCCCAAAUUCACCACUCCCUGAUUUCUUCUGAGAUGGUAUAAUCUCUAACCUGCAGACAAGUAAUAUCCUGUCCUAAAAAUUUAAAACUUCAGAAUCUUGAAAACAACUUUCCUUCCCCCAAAAUAAAAGCAAAACCCAAACCCAGAUUGCUUCUACAAGCAAAUAUAAAAUACAGAUAAAAUCAGAUCUAACUUUAAAAAAGCAGCAGCUCCUUGUUCUGAAGAUGGGGUUUUGACUAAUCAGAGAUGCUCAUCGCUUGUCUGUUUCCUACACGAUUGGCUAAAAGGGUAAGAAUUACACCCCAAAACCACUUUUCUCCUCCUCCCCCACUCCUCCCCCCUUACAUGUUAGCAUGUUUUUAAAGAAGACCACGAGGGGAAGGGAAGAGGGGAGCUCAGAGCCUUCAUCAGCCUCAAGAUGAGGACAGCUGGGCCAGAAACAGAUCUCAUUCAGCUUUCGCCUGUGACUACGGUCACUUUCAACUAUGAUGACUACUACUACGAGGACAGCUGCCAGUACGAGCAGCUACAGCAUAUGACUGCUUUCCUCCCUGUCCUGCCUGUCCUGUAUGCUGCCGUGUUCUUGGUGGGCAUUCUUGGCAACUCCAUCCUGAUCGUAGCCUUAGUCUUCAAGCGACGGGUCCAGAGGCUGAUUGACGUCUUCAUCAUUAACCUUGCUGCUUCAGACUUCAUCUUCCUCAUCACGCUGCCAUUCUGGGUGGACAAGGAGGCAUCAGAUGGGAUAUGGAGGGUAGGAUCUUUCCUCUGUAAAGCUAGUUCUUACAUCAUCUCAGUCAACAUGUACUGCAGCAUCCUCCUCCUCACUUGUAUGAGUGCAGACCGGUACCUUGCCAUCAUGUAUCCCUCCAUUGCUAGAAGGGUCCGAACCAGAUCCUAUUCCAGUGGCCUUUGCUUCUGUGUCUGGCUGUUAUCCUGCUGCUUAGGGAUACCAACCCUUUUGUCCAGAGAACUGAAUGAGCGCUACGGCAAGAUGUACUGCACAGACAAAGACGUGACAGAAUCCAAACAGAUCACAUCACUGAUGAUUUUAAUCCUGGCCUUCUUCUUCCCGCUGUUGAGCAUUCUGACCUUCUACUGCUCCAUCACAAAGAGACUCUGUGUCCAUUACCAGAGAUCUGGGAAACACGAUAAGAAGCUGAGAAAAUCUAUCAAGAUCGUCUUCAUUGUGGUGGCUGCUUUUGUCAUCUCUUGGGUGCCCUUCAACCUCUUCAAGCUUAUGGCCAUCCUGUUGGGACUGCAGAAGCUGCCUGACUGUUUCCUUGACACGGUUGCUCAGGUGGGCAUGACGGUGAGCAGCCCCUUUGCCUUUGCCAACAGUUGUGCCAACCCUUUCAUUUACUACUGCUUUGACAAUUACAUCCGCAGAGCCAUGCUCAGGUGCCUGUGUCCGUGGGUGAAAGCCAGCAGCGGCAGCACCAUCUCCGACACCUUGGACACUCGCCUGAGCCACUCCUUAUCCAAUUUCAUUGCAGGGGAGUACACUGCAAGGAAGAGGAAGCGCUCCGUGUCCCUCUGACUGGGAGCCAGGACCACGGAGGAAGGGACCUCUCUUUCCAAAGGUGGCAGGGAAAGAAUAAAGCAAGAAAAGGGGCAAAAAAGAAAUAAGUGGCAGAAGCAGAGCUGCAACUGUAGUGCAGCCAGCACUUCAGGCUGGUGGUACAGCACUUCCCUUUAAACACAGGUAUAUUGAAUAGGAAACUUUAACCACAGAGCUACAGUUCACAGAGAUCACUGUGUCACUGCACAGCACAAGCCUGAAACUGCUGUGCUGAGAGACAUCCACCUAGGCUGCUGCUGGAACUGCAGCCUGGGUGCUACCAGCUGACAGCAAAGUCAGGCCAUCAGCCAAAGCUGCCCCCAAGCAAUCUUUGAACUUAAACACGUAGGUUUUCAUUCUGCUCAGAGCAAGACAAAGCAACAGAAGUACUUCUCUCUGGUUCCUAGCUUACUUGCAAAAAUACUGCAAUGUCCUGUAAAAAAAACCCUGAUGAAUUCUCCUUUUUUUGGAGGUUUUCUGUAUUUAGAAAUGCAAUGUUUUAAUGAAUUUGUGUUACUUGCUCUUGUAACUUGAGUCUUGUGCAUUUUUCUUGAAGUUUCAGCUUCUUGAUUAAGAGAUUAAAUAUGUUUUAAUCAAAGGAAUUCAAGUCAGUUACUAGACCCUGUGGUUUCCAAAAGCAAAAAAAAAAAAAGACAGCUUGAAGGCAGAGAAACCAGAAGACAAGCAAAAGAAACUGCAUUUAAACCUUUUGUUAACAGCAAACAACCAAAAAAAAAAAAGAAAAUAA